AUGGUUUUAAAACUUUACGUUGAUUUAUUGUCACAACCGGCAAGAGCUUUGGCUCUUUUUGUUAAAAAAGCAAAUAUUCCUCACGAAUUGAAAAUUGUUUCUAUAAUGAAAGGUGAGCACAAAACUCAAGAAUAUAUUGACAAUGUUCAUCCUUUUGGAAAAAUCCCUGCAAUCGAUGACAAUGGUUUUAAAAUGAUUGAAAGUAUAGCCAUCAUAAGGUACCUUGCCAGAAAGUAUAAUGUAGAUGAUCAUUGGUAUCCAAAGGAUAUUGAAAAACAAGCUAGAGUUGAUGAAUUUCUCGAGUGGCAACACAUGUCGGAAAGAAUACCGCUUUCAUUGUUUUUUCUGAACACAUAUUUGAAACCAAUGUUAACUGGGAAAAAACUUGAUGACAAUCGUUUACAAAAAUACAAAAGUCAAAUGGAAGAUUCAUUAAACGAUAUUGAAAAUGUUUGGUUGAAAGAUAGUCAAUAUUUAGUCGGCAAUGAAAUAAGCGUUGCAGACCUUGUUGGAAUAUCUGAAAUCGAACAACCCAGAAUUUCAAAUUAUGAUGUAACUGCUGGAAGACCGAGAAUAGCAGCAUGGAUGAAAAGAGUUCAAAAUGAUCUACAACCUCAUUACGAUGAUGUGUUUAAAAUUUUAAACAAAUUGGCGAGUAAAAAUGCAUCAAAAUUGUAA